UUUUUUCUUAGAUAUGAUUCUACAACUGAAAAGCUGUAGGCUUUUGUACGUGUAAUAACACUGGAGGCUGAAAGUAGAGCACAACAGACAUUUGUGCUAAGCUCUUAGUUUUACAGGUUUCAUUUUCUGGCACAACCAUUGGUUCUUGGAUGUAGAAAUAAAUUAGUGGUUUGUCAACCACUGAGAUAAUUAAUUUCUAAAUUGCUAAAUUAAACCACAGUUAAUAAAUGCAUUUUAGACUAUGUACAGCUUGUGGCCUUUGUGUGUAAGCCAGUUCUCAUUGUAAACAGACCCCUAUGAGUGUCUGCCCAUCUAUCUCUUUUCUUACCCCAGUGUGUGUGUGUCUGUGUGUGUGUGUGUCAUCUGUUGAUGACCGCACUUCUAUGGGAUUAGUGGCCACAUGACAACACUGGGCUGGCCGCCUAGUGAGCCUUUCAUUUGGCUUCACUUGCAGAGGCGGUGUACGUGCUGUUCAACAGUUUACUGAAAGCUGGAGAUUUCCAAACUUCAUUUCUGUGGAUCUGUAAAUGAAGUCUAAACCGGACAGACUGGGAGCUCAAUUGUGAUGGCACAAGACAUUACCAGUUUUACUGGAGAGGACUAUUUUGAGGGGAAAUCACCCUGUUGUUCAGACACAGAAGCUUUGAGUCAAGGAGACAAAGAAUACGAUGACAUUUUGGAGCUUAAUCAGUUUGAUGGACUGCCUUAUUCCUCCAGGUUUUACAAAUUGCUGAGAGAAAGGAAAGAGCUGCCAGUGUGGAACACAAAGUGUGAAUUCAUGGACACUUUGGCCAAAGGACAGUUUGUCAUUGUCAGUGGCUCUGCUAAAACUGGAAGGAGUUCUCAAAUUCCCCAGUGGUGUGCUGAAUUCUGCCUGUCAGUCCAGUUCCAGCAUGGCAUGGUGGUUUGCACCCAGAUUCACGCACAGCAGGCAGUAGAUCUCGCCUUAAGAGUGGCUGAUGAGAUGGAUGUCAACAUUGGCCAUGAAGUCGGGUACAGCAUCCCUUUGGAAACAUGUUACUCUAAUGAAACAGUCCUUAGGUACUGCACAGAUGACAUGCUCCUGAGAGAGAUGAUGUCAGACCCUUUGCUUGAGCGCUACGGUGUGGUAGUCGUGGACCAGGCCCACCAGAGGACUGUAGCCACUGAUGUACUGCAGGGUCUGCUGAAGGACAUUGCCCUGCAGAGGCCAGAGCUCCAUGUGGUCCUCCUCACAGCCGUUGAACCUGACCCCAAGCAGCUGGCCCACUUCACCGGGUCAGCGGUGCCUCUGAUUCACCUGGAGAGCCUGGGUCCAGGGGAUGUGGUGUACAGCAGCACAGGUGACAGCUACUUCUGCUCUGCUCUCCGUCUGGUGCUGGAGAUCCACCACUCUGAAGAGGAAGGAGAUGUGGUUGUGUUUCUGGUGACGACGCAGGAGAUAGAUCUGGCCCAUGAUAUCCUAUGUCAUGAGGGGCAUAGCUUACCCCCUGAUCUGGGUGAGCUCCUGCCCGUUGCUGUGCACCCUGGCCAGCCUGGUAAUCUACCAAUCCUUGGGGAGGAGGAGACACGCCAGAACCGCAGAGUAUUCCUCACAUCCAGCCCAAACGAGGACUUCUUCUGGGCUGUUAGCUCAAUAAGCUUUGUCAUUGAUGCCGGGCUUGAGAAAAGAUCUGUUUACAACCCCAGGAUCAGAACAAACUCAGUCAACAUUCAGCCAAUCAGCAGCAAUCAAGCCAAGAGUCGCAAACAUCUGGCAGGUCCAACAGGCAAGUGUUUUUGUCUGUACCCAGAGAACAGACAGCUUCCUAUUGAGAAACGUCCACAUAUCGUGGAGUCUGACAUCACUUCCACUGUGCUCUUCUUGAAGAGGAUGGAGAUCGCUGGACUGAGCCACUGUGACUUCAUCGACAGGCCAGAUCCUGGAGGCCUAAUGCAGGCUUUGGAGGAGCUAGACUACCUGGCAGCUCUGGAUAAUGAUGGCAACCUGUCUGAGAUGGGCAUCAUCAUGUCCGAGUUCCCCUUGGAGCCCCAAAUGGCCAAGACUCUGCUCGCCUCCUGUGAGUUUGACUGUGUCAGCGAGGUGGUCAUCAUUGCUGCCAUGCUAACAGCACCAACUUGCUUCAUGGUUCCCUCUGUGGACCUGAAGCCAGAGGCAACCCAGUGCCACAUGAAGUUCCAGCACCCAGAGGGAGACCACUUCACUCUUAUCAAUAUCUACAAGGCCUUUAAACAGUGCCAGCAGGAUUCAUACUGUAAUGUGGAGAAGUGGUGUCAGGACUUCUACCUGAACCACACUGCUCUGCUGAUGGCUGACACUCUUCGUACUGAGCUCACCGACAUUCUGAAGAGGAUCGAGCUGCCCAUCUCAGUGCCCGCUUUCGGUUCCCGAAGCAAUACCGUCAACAUUAAGAAAGCCCUGCUGGCAGGUUUCUUUAUGCAGGUGGCGCGGGAUGUGGAUGGAUCAGGGAACUACUUCAUUCUGACCCACAAGCAUGUGGCACAGAUGCAUCCUCUGUCUGGCUACGGAGCCAAGAGCCCCAAACUGGGCCUGCCGGAGUGGGUGCUGUUCCAUGAGCACUCCUUCUCUGAGGACAACUGCCUUCGCACCGCAACCCACAUAACACCGGAGGGGUUCAUUCAGAUGGCGCCACAGUAUUAUUUCUACAAUCUACCGCCUAGUGAGAGCAAAGACAUCCUCCAAAACUUUUUGAAUCAUGAAGCUUCUCGGUACCAAGAGGAGAAGCCUCCAACCUCCCUAGAGGAGCCUCGGGAGAACCAGACUUAUGACCGCUGUAUCAUACAGUGACUGACCAGUGGUGGUGAGAAAAUAACCAGUAGGACUUAUUGCACUAUACUGCACAGAAGCACAUUGUCUGGAUAGUUAUCUAAUUGAUCAUGUAAUUUAAUUUUCUUUCAGCUGUGCCCAUCAUCCCUCAUUUUUGUCACAAUAUCAUGUCUAUAUUUGGCUUUGAAUAGUUACAAAGUGCACUAUUUUAUGAAAUAUAAUUACUUAUAUUUGUACUUAAUCCUCCUAAUCAACAGAAAAAUCUGGUUACUAAAUUGUUAAAAAAUAAUUUUCUCAUACUUUAAAAUGUCUAAUUAUUGUUUUAUUCUACUCCAGUGAGGUUUAUAAUUUAUUUUCAGAGUCCCCGCUGAAAUUUUUAAUGAUUCUGUGGCUCCCCACCAUGCUCCUCCUUUUUACAUCUUACCUUCAGUCACUGUCCAACAGUCAGUCACCCACAGCACUGAGGGUCCAGCCUGAUUAAUGAGGUGCAGGGACAGUUUGGGCCCGCCUGCAGCUCCAUCUGGCGUGGAUACAGUUCAGUAACAAUGGGGUGACCCAGUUCACUGACACUGCAUUAAAAACAUCACAUCCCCUCUUCAAUGACCUGGGUCUGAACAGUGCAGCAAGGAUCAAAGCCAGAACCCACAGGGUACAGUGUCGCCUGACCCACUUAUAAUCUUUUACUCUGAAUUGCCUUUUCAAGGCAAACCAGCUGCACACAAUAUGUUUUGAGAUCAUGUAGUAGAUGUUUAAAUGUCAGGAAUAAAGAAAUAAAUAAUAAUUCAGUAUGUCAGAUCAUACUGUAUAUUUGUUAUCCAAAAGUCUGAUUAAAACUACUUCAACUAAAAGUUUAUCAGAUGUGUCCUAUUAGCCCAAGAGCACAUUAGCAUUUGCUUUAGGAGAAACAUACAAUAUCAUGAGGGUGACAGAACGUCUACAGAAACACAGCGCAUUAAAAUUUAAAAACCUUUUAUUUUCAUGUCACAGCAAACCAUGCUGAUAUAAACUCACAUUAUACAUACAGCAAUAUGGACAAACUAGCCUCUGAGUUUGUAUUGAAUGUUGCCAAACUAUUGCACACUGUUUUGGAAAGCAAGUACUGCGUUUGAGCUUAUUUUAACUUGUCAGCCAUCAAUCACACUUCAUUCUAUUUUAUUCACAGCAUUAUUGGUAUUACUGAAUAUCAAAAACACCAAUUAUAUAUUUAAAUGAAUAAUCAUUUUUCUGAGCAUGUACUGAAUGAUUUAUCUAAGAAACUAUGCGUUGAAGUUAUAUGUGAUUAUACCAUCUUUGAAAUGUU